GUACAUUUGACGAUCCAUCGAACACUGACUCGAUAUCGCUGUUGGUCCCCUCGUCCCUCCCUGUGCCUCCGAAUGACGCUCUCUCUUCGCCACUCUCUUUCUGUGCGGUGCUCUGGAAGCACCUCCGUUCGUAAUCGUCCCUCUUCUUCCUAUCCCUCUUCCUGUUCAUACCGUCCCGAUCGUCGUCGCGCCUCACGCUCAGUAUACCACCUCUUUGUAACAUGAUGCCUCACACGCCCCUUCCAGUCCAGCUCAGCUCUGCUGAAGCAUGCCUUCCGUCCAUUUCUGCUGCUCCGAGUAGGUCUCCGCUCAGCACCUCUUUGACGCACCGCCGACCAGACUUACAUCACUCAAGCAGUUCCAUUGCCGACGUCGUCCACUAUGCCAGCGGGCCCACGCUGCUUCCUAGUCGCAUUGCCGAAGCCGUAUCAGAUGUUGCAGUCGCUGCUAGAGCCUCCCUUCGCGCUGCUUCCUUUCUCGUCGAUGUCAGCUUAGAGAGUGUCAGAUUCACCACGAGCUUUGCCCUCGAUCUUACACGCAAGGUCUUGGUAGGGGCAGCUACAACUGACGCAACCUUCAUCCAGUCCAAAGCGAUGGUCGAGGGUUAUUCUGCCAGGGGAGUCGCUAUCAUACAUCAGAAUGUAGCGUUCGUCGAGUUCCUGGUACAGGCGAGUAUCAACCUCAUGCAAAGCUCAUUCAGAGUCAGUGCCAGCAUUGCCGACGAAAGCAUCAAGGUAUUCGACGAACUCUUCGGCGACAAUGAGACGUCUCGAGCCCUCGCUGCUUUCAUAGCAACAGUUCAGCACGAAUUCUCAAAGACCAAGUGUGCUGCUACUGGUGGUGGUCUCACGACGUUCGCAACGUUUGCGCGAGCAAUGACUACAUUUGCCUUUGUACAGACUGCGACGUACAAGCGGACUGCACGCGAUUUCAACACUAAGACGUUGUUCGACGACGCGCUCAUGCCAUUUCCUUUUCGACCUCUUGCUGAUAAUCUGCAACACUUCGUACGAUAUGCCUCUGCUAGCUAUGGAUCGAACUUUCUCAAUUUUCUGGGACUAGGCGAGUCUUUUCUCUUCGAAAACAACGAGCAAGCUCAUGCCAAUGAGUGGGCUUUUGCGAACCACGCCAAUAUCAGCGUCGAAGACGUCUUGCUGUCUAGCUACACAGACGACGUGGGUGUCAGCCUGCGCUGCUCAAAGAUGGCGCCCAUUGUCAACUUCGUAGCCGUCGAUAGGGAGCGUCAGGCCGUUGUGCUUGCCUGCAGGGGCACUCUCGGCAUGUCGGACCUCCUGGUAGACCUAACAGCCGACUACCAGGAUGUCAAGCUAGGCUGUGGAGAAGGCUUUGUUCAUCGCGGCAUGUACGCUGCAGCUCAUCGCCUCUCCGCCGCUACGGGAACAGUGGCAUCUGUCUUGCGGCAGGCAUUGGAGGCUCACCCUACCUAUGGUCUGGUCGUCGUUGGGCAUUCUCUGGGUGGCGGUAUUGCUAUACUAGUAGGUGCUCUAUGGUCCUGCCGCUCUUCUAACUUCGGAACCGCCUUUGUCACAUCGCACAGCUCCGGCCUUCCGCCUGGAAGGCCCAUCCACGUCUUCGCCUACGGACCACCCCCUACUGCCGACCCCAUCUUGGCAAAAUCGAUGGUCGGUCUCGUCACGACAGUUAUCCAUCACUUCGACUGUAUCCCGAUGCUUUCGAUGGGAGCCGUAUUGGACCUCAGGGACAUAUCAGAACUACUUGCCGCUUGCAAAGGGUCUUCGACGGAGAUCUUGUGCAAGACUGCUGAAGAGAGCUACGGCCCUUCCGAAGACUGGCUCUGGUCUCUUAUCAAGACGUUAAGAGCGCAUGCACAGAAUGAGAAGCUGUAUCCUCCUGGCACAGUGUACCUCACGAUGUCCGCUCGGCGCGUCGUCCUGCGCGCUUGCGAAGACGUUGUUGGGCGCUUCUCGGAGUGA